AUGGCCCUGCCUCCUCACCUGCAGCGGCGCACCUUGCCUCUCCCCAUCCCUGCCCGUUGCCUGCAGCCCGUCCGCGAGGUGGUGCGGCCCGCCAACCAGCUGGCGCUGUCGGCCGGGGAGCUGGAGGAGGAGGUGGGGCGGUCGCUGACGGCGGGCAACCCCACGGCGCCCGCCAACCUGGUGCGGUACAGCUUCCGCGAGCGAGGGUACCGCGCGGAGCCCAUCAUCGACCAGCAGCUGCAGCACUUUGCGCUGGGCGGCUGCCUCAUGCACUGCGAGUCCGAGGAGGCGGCGCGGCAGCGGCGGCGCGAGUCGCAGGCCGCCGCCGCCGCCGCGCGCUCGCGGCGCGGCACAGAGCAGCACAGCGAGGCCUCGCUGGGACCUGGCGCCCUGGAUGACGACGCGGCCACCACCCGCCUGCGCAACCAGUUCAACUUUGCAGACCGGGCGGCGCAGACGGGGCACCACCCGCCCCGCGACAGAGCCACCAGGACCGAGCCACCCCCCACCGCCGUCACCGCCGGCUCCUGCUCCCGCUGGGAGAUCUAUGAGGCGUAUGUGCAGGACCAGGAGCGGCAGCGGCAGACCGAGGAGCUGGCGCGCCAGAAGGCGCAGGUGGCGCGCAAGGGCAACCAGCAGGCGGCGGCGGCCAUGGCGCAGCGGGCGGCGGAGCUUGCGCUGGCGCCCGCGCAGUGGGUGGGUAGGGCUGCCUGCCUGGUGGAGCGCAUGGUGCAGCAGAACCUGCUCAAGGAUGUGGCCAUGGACUUCAGGUACUGGGAUGACCCUGCCGACGCGGUGGCGCCAGAGGAGGGCACACUGCUGCCGCUGUGGGGAGAGAAGGGCGAGAGCUUCACCAGCCCGCGGGUCAAGCGCCGCGCGGUGACCGCGCUGUGCUGGAGCCCCCGCUACUUCGACCUCUUCGCCGUCGGCUACGGCAGCUUCGAUUUCCUCAACCCCACCACCGGCCUGGUGUGCUGCUACAGCCUGAAGAGCCCGGGGCAGCCAGAGUUCAGCUUUGGCACGGCGGCGGGGGUGAUGUGCCUGGACUUCCACCCAGACCACCCCAGCCUGCUGGCCGUGGGCUGCUACGACGGCGCCGUGGUCAUCUUCGACCUGCGGGCAGGCAAGCUGCGCAGGGCGGGCGACAAGCCGGCGUACCAGUCCACCCCCCGCAGCGGCAAGCACAGCGACCCUGUGUGGCAGGUGUGCUGGCAGCGCACGCACAGCCACGAGCUGGCGCUCAGCAGCAUCAGCACCGACGGCCGCGUCACGGCCUGGACCGUCAACAAGAACGAGCUGUCGCACCAGGACGUGCUGCAGCUGAGCACCCUACGCGCCAGGGAGCGACUGCGGUCGGACAGCAGCGGUGGGUCGGAGGAGGAGAGCGGGUCUGUGGGAAUUGCAGGCGGCUGCUGCUUCGACUUCAACCGCGAGCAGGAGUUCCUGUUUGUUGUGGGCAGCGAGGACGGGUCGCUGUACAAGUGCUCCACAGCCUACUCCAGCGAAUACCUACAGGCCUACCAGCCCGGCCACCGCCUGCCCGUGUAUGCGGUGCGCUGGAACGGCCUGCACCCGCGCACCUUCCUGUCAGCCGGCGCCGAUUGGAAAGUCAAGCUCUGGGACUCGCCCGUGCUGAGCUUCGACCUGCGCGCCCCCGUGGGCGACGUGGCGUGGGCGCCCUUCUCCGCCACCGUGUUUGCCGCCGUGACGGACGCGGGCAAGGUGCACGUGUUCGACCUGGCGCGCAGCCGCGCGGCGGCGGCCUGCGUGCAGCGCGUCACCCGCAAGGCCCGCCUCACCAAGCUGGCCUUCAACGCCCGCCACCCCGUGCUGCUGGUGGGCACCGAGCAUGGCGGCGUGGUGUGCCUCAAGCUGUCGCCCAACCUGCGCCGCGACUUCGCACCAGGUGGGCGGCCGGCUGGGUGUGCAAGCGGCGGAGCAGGAAGUGCCUCCCUGCUGUGCUGUGUGGGGCCGCACGUUGGCACAGCCAGCACGGAGGGUGGCAGCUGGGCGGCGACUCUGCCCGCCCCGCCCGCUGCCCUGCCACACAUGCCCUGCCGCUGCCGCCGUACCUGCGGCGCAGGCGCGCCAGCCAGCGGUGGCGGCGCCACCCUGGGGCGCAGCGACUCGGAGGCGGCGGCUGCGCGGGCGGCGGAGGCGCAGCGGCUGGAGGCGGUGUUGGUGCUGGCGGCCAAGUGCAACCAGGCGCUGAGGGAGGAGGACUGGGAGCUGAUGUGA